ACCAGGAGGAACUGGGGCAAGCCUGGAUUGAGGAGCGAGGGACAGAAGCCAGUCAAGUUUGCCGGACAUCCAUCAACCAGGCCCUGGUCACCUGGUCUCAGCCCAGCUUUGCCCAUCUUGCCGUGUGAAUCUUGGCUCCCGGCCUGGCCCGCAGCCAUGGCCACAAUGGUGGCCCAGAAGCUCAGCCAUCUGCUGCCCGCUUUGCGGCAGGCCCACCGGGAGCCGCGGCCCUCCGGGCGGCCAGAGCCCGUGUUCACGGUGGCCCGAGCCGAGGUGCCGCGCCUCUUCUGGAAGCCGUACAUCUACGUGGGCUACCGGCCGCUGCACCAGACGUGGCGCUUCUACUUCCGCACGCUCUUCCAGCAGCACAACGAGGCGGUGAACGUCUGGACCCACCUGCUGGCCGCGCUGGUGCUGCUGCUGCGGCUGGCCAUCUUUGCGGGGACCGUGGACUUCUGGGGAGACCCCCACGCCCUGCCCCUGUUCAUCAUUGUGCUUGCCUCCUUCACCUACCUCGCCCUCAGCGCCUUGGCUCACCUCCUGCAGGCCAAGUCCGAGUUCUGGCAUUACAGCUUCUUCUUCCUGGACUACGUGGGCGUGGCCGUGUACCAGUUCGGCAGCGCCCUGGCGCACUUCUACUAUGCCAUCGAGCCUGCCUGGCACGCCCGGGUGCAGGCCGUCUUCCUGCCCACGGCCGCCUUUCUCGCCUGGCUGUCUUGCACUGGCUCCUGCUACAACAAGUAUAGCCAGAAGCCUGGCCUGCUGGGCCGCACCUGCCAGGAGGCGCCGUCGGCGCUGGCCUACGCGCUGGACAUCAGCCCCGUGGCGCACCGCAUCCUGGUGUCCCCCGAGCCGAGCGCCGAUGACCCCGCCCUUCUCUACCACAAGUGCCAGGUGGUCUUCUUCCUGCUGGCCGCCGCUUUCUUCUCGGCCUUCGUGCCCGAGCGCUGGUUUCCUGGCAGCUGCCACCUCUUCGGGCAGGGCCACCAGCUCUUCCACGUGUUCUUGGUGCUGUGCACGCUGGCUCAGCUGGAGGCUGUGGCCCUGGACUACGAGGCCCGGCGGCCCAUCUACGAGCCUCUGCACACCCGCUGGCCCCACAACUUCUCUGGCCUCUUCCUGCUCACCGUGGGCAGCAGUGUGCUGACGGCGUUUAUCCUGAGCCAGCUGGUGCGGCGCAAACUCGACCAGAAGACCCAGUGAAGGGCCGGGGGUGGGUGGGGUGGGGUGGCGGCUGGUAGGGGAGGGAGGUAGAGUGGGAGCCCCGGGGUCCCGGCUUGGCUCCAGAGGGGAACAAGGCCUGGUAAAGUUGUUUGUGUGUGGCCUGCGGUGACUUUCUGUGCACGCCUCAGCUGCCAAAGGCGGUACUGGCCAGUCCCUGGAUUUGGGGAUUGGCCAGGAGCUGCUGGGGUCCACUCCUGGGCCUGCCCCAGCCCCCUGCCCUGGGAGAGGAGAAGAGAUAAAGAUGCGGGCCGCCGACCAGGCUUGCCUCUCCCCAUUGCCUCUCACUAGGGGUGAGGAUCGGGGGUCAGCUGGGGCCAGGACCCUGGUUGGGAGCUUCCAGAUUAUCUGAGAGGGGGUGAAGGUAGACUUUAGGCCAGAGGCAGAAGAGGCCUCAGCAACCCCCCCCCCCCGCCAGAUUUCAUUGGUGGACAGGGAAGGGGCAGGCCCCAAAUGUAUGUAGGAUCUUACCAUCCCUUGAGCUCCAGCCUGGAGUUUUGGAGUUCCACAGAGGGUCCAAAAGUAGAAGAUGGUGCUAGAGAGAAAUGGAUCCCACCCAGUGCCCAUACCUCCUCAGUCACUGUCCCACACAGUGAGUCCCAGCCCUUCUAGCUCUGGCCUCUGUGACCCACACAUCUUGUUCCCAGCCUCUCUCCUGGUUUCCUUGUCCAUGAUUCAGUUACCCGUUUCAGUGUUUCCUGGGCCUCUGCUCAGAGGCAGGCUACCAGCUGAGUCCUGUGGAUCAAUGCAGGAUGAUGAGAGUUUUAAUACGGGAAUGACCUGUCAGGGGAAGCACCAAGGAGGAAUAAUGCUGCCUGCGACCCUCACGGUCUUGGGUUGGGAAGGGUGAAUAGGAGUUUGCAGAUGAAGAAGGGCAUUCCAGGCAGAGGGAAAAGCCUCUACAAAGGCCAAAGACAUACUGAAGGGAGUUCAGCGGCGCUGGAGGUGGGGGUGGUCUGGACUCUGAUAUGUCCAGGAUGCAAUAAAGGACUGAUAAGAGCAGCCUCUUUGCUUUUUGCCUCCUGUCCUGGGAAUGGGGCCCUGGGGCCCCCAUGGACCUGCUUAGCAUGUUGAGGAAGUUUUCCAGGGCAUGCUGGGGCCCCCAGGGGUGGGAACAGGGAAGAGGAAGGCAGUUCAUGUUUUCUCUUUGCCUGGCGGUGGUUGGGGGCCUUAUACACUAUAUAUAUGAACUUUUUCUUUUUGGCAGGGAAGGCAGGGCAUUUUUAUUACCAAAUAAGUUUUAGAAGUUAAAGGAAUGUGUAAAAUUUUAUAUAAGUCCACUUUAUAAUUUGACAAAGAUUUCAUUUUUGGGUCUUUCCUUCAAUCAAGAAGGAUUUUAUAUGUUAAUUUUUAUAAUACUGCUUUUCCACAGUACAGUUUACAAUACAGUUUUCCACAGUACAGUGAAGGAAAAUUAGGAAGUACUGAUAAAAAAAAAAACCCAAGUGAAUAAAAAAUAUCACUCUGCUGGGCGCCUGGGUGGCUCAGUGGGUUAAGCGUCUGCCUUGGGCUCAGGUCAGGAUCCCAGGGUCCUGGGAUCCAGUCCCACAUCAGGCUCCCUGCUCAGCGGGGAGUCUGCUCUUCCCUCUGCCUGCUGCUUCCCCUGCUUGUGCACUCUCUCUGUCAAAUAAAUAAAUAAAAUAUUUUUUUAAAAAAUAUCACUCUACUGCUAAACUAUCCUGUUUAUAGGGGCGCCUGGGUGGCUCAGUCGGUUAAGCAUGUUGGGACUCUUUUUUUUUUUUUUUAAAGAUUUUAUUUAUUUAUUUGAGACAGAAUGAGAGACAGAGAGCAUGAGAAGGAGGAGGGUCAGAGGGAGAAGCAGACUCCCUGCCGAGCAGGGAGCCCGAUGCAGGACUUGAUCCCGGGACUCCAGGAUCAUGACCUGAGCCGAAGGCAGUCGCUUAACCAACUGAGCCACCCAGGCGCCCCAAGCAUGUUGGACUCUUGAUUUUGGCUCAGGUCAUGAUCUCAGCACUACGUGGGUCUCCGCACUCAGGGGGAGUCUGCUUGAGAUUCUCCCUCAGCCCUUCCCGCUACUUUCUCUCUCUAAAAUAAAUCUUUUAAAAAAUAUCCUGUCUACGUAUAUAUGUCUAUAGCUAAUAUACAUAUAUAAAGAACAUCUAUGGGGACUGUGGUUAGGGAUGGAAGGAUGAGUGGGAUGCCAGCACUUCUGCAUUUCUGAGGAGCUUUCACAAACUUUACCUCACUUGAUCCUCUUUAAAAUCCAGGGUCUCUCUUAAGCUGUGAAGGCAGAACUAGGAGAUAGUUUUGGGAGCUGACAAACCUGGGACUCCAAAUUUUUAGGUUUCAUUUUUAACCUUUUCUUUUUUAAAGGUUUUAUUUAUUUGACAGAGAGAGAGCAGAAGUAGGAAGAGCUGCAGAGGGAGAGGGAGAAACAGGCUCCCCGCUGAGCAGGGGUCCCAACGCAGGGCUGGAUCCCAGGACCCAGGGAUCAUGACCUGAGCUAAAGGCAGACACUUAAUCAACUGAGCCACCCAGGUGCCCCACCCCUUUUUUUAAAAAGAUUUUGAGAGAGAGAGAAGAGAAAACGAGUGGGGGGAGGGGCAGAGGGGGAGGGAGAAGCAGAGUCUACGCUGAGCAGGGAGUCGGAGCUGGGGCUCCAUCCCAGAACACUAGCUGGGAUCAUGACCCGGCAGAAGACAGACGCUUAACCCGCUGAGCCACCCAGGCGCCCCCUUCUUAACGUUUUCUAAAUCCUCUCCCAUGUGGUUUCAUAGUUAUGCUUGGAUUUUUUUUUUUUAAUUCAAAAGUAAUUCAUAAACUCUAGUGUAUGGUUACCACUUCGGGUAGUGCUGGGGACGCCGGCUUUGGGGUUGGCGGACCGCAGCCUUGGCUCCACCUUUCCUUUUGGGAUGACUGUGAGGAUGCAGCUGUGAAACUGGAAAACCCUGAGCCCGGGGUAGUUACGUUCACAGCAAGAAAGUGCAACUAACUGAGCGAAAAGAAACGCAUAUUCCUUGUGCAUUGUCGUGAACGCGUUCACACAGGCUAAUCG